UGGAGAAUUAGAAAUGAUAGUGAGAGAUUGAGACCGAGAGUUGAGGGGAAAGGUUUCGUUGGUGUUAAUAAUAGUGUUACUGAUGUUAAUUAAGUAAAAAGAAGAUGAUGAAGAAGUUGUGAAUUAAAAAGGAAAAAAGUUGGGUUUUCUCUGUGGUUAAGAUUGAGUUUGAAAUUGAGGAAAUAUAGAUCGAAGUAUGGUUGUUGGUAGUGAUGAGGAAAUAUACUUCUGUGGGAAAUUUCAAGAUGUUUCAUAUCUGGUCAUUAAUUCGAAUCCAGGAGUAAUCACUUUGAUGAUGCUAACAAAAAUCAGAUGGUUGUAGGGAAGAAAGAAACACCCCAUCUCGUACAACGUGGUAAACAACUAAUUGGUAACUAUCUUCUUCAAUCGAUUAUUUCUAAUAUUGAUCUACGAGAAGAUCUUACUGAUGCAGUGAAGGAAUUUGUGAAAUUUUGGUUUAAAAUUGGGGACUCUGUGGGUUAUUUAGAUCAAGUCUGGAUAGAGGAGACUAUUAAGAGUAGAGACAUGGUUCUUCUGCAUGUGAGUGGUUAUUUUAAGGAAGAUCAAAAAGCAGGAUAUGGAGUUAUGAUCCGGGAUGUUCAUCUCAGGCCUAUAAAAAGCAGGAAGAUCAAAAAGCAGGAUAUGGAGUUAAGAUUGAGUUUGAAAAGCAGGAUAUGGAGUUAUGAAAAUGGACUGAUUAGAUGUAUGUUAGGUGUUAUAGGGAAGGAUUUGGAAGGAUUUGUGUUUGCUUAUUGUAAUACUUGUGUUUGAUCUUUGUAAUUUGUCCUAAAUUAACUUAAUUAAAAUUUGAUUUGAUUUUUAAUCUAA